AUCAUGGGCAAGGGAUACAAUAAUUUCAUGUCAAAGAAGCCCUUCCAUCCGGCUUCAAAAGACAACAUUAAACGCGUUUGGAUGGCUGAACAGCGCUCAAUUGAUGAGAAGAAGAAAGAAGACGAUAUGCGCCUGCAGUAUGAAAAGGAGCAGGAUCUGUACAACAAUCGACUUUUGGUUGCUGGCUCGGACUCCAAAGACAAACUGUCGUUGAAUUUUAUGUAUGAAGCUCCAGCCGGGCUAAAACGACCAGAAAAGGAGAUUGAAAACCCUGCAGAGCCGGAGUUUAAGUUUGAGUGGCAGCGCAAUGCGCCUCGAGAGAGCUUCGCUAAAAACAACAUGGACAUUCGUGACCAGCCUUUUGGAAUUCAAGUACGAAAUGUCCGCUGCCUGAAGUGUCACAAAUGGGGUCAUGUCAACACUGAUCGCGAGUGUCCACUAUUUAAUGCUGGCUCCCUGGUUGAACCUCAACAACCUCAGUCAGAGCCAGCUAAACCAAAAGACGGCAGCGACAAACCCCCGCAGGGAAAAUCUGACCAGACUGAGCUGAUUCGCAACAUGAAAGAUGAACAAGGACUUGCGUUGAAAAAAUCGCUGUAUGGCAGCUAUGGAGCCAAGCGUUCAGACGGUGAUGAGUCGAACCAGCAGAUGCUUUCUGUCAAAGACCCCGAGGUUGCCUUUCUUGCCUCUCUCACGCCAAGAGACAAAAAGAAGUUGCUGAAAAAACUUCAAAAACUCACAAAUGCCCAACGAGGCAUCAAGGACGACCGAAAGGUGUCUAAAAAGAAAAAAUCAAAGAAAAGUAAAGAUAAAAAGUCAAAGAAGGAUAAAAAGAGCGACAAACGUAGACAUUCCGAUGAUAGCUCAGACUCUGGAGAAGAAUCUGGGGAUGAACAAAAAAGCCAGUAA